CAUUUAGUCAUCAAUUUCUGACUAACAAUGAUUUGGACUGUUUUGUAUUGGUUCGGUAUUUCGCUAACUUUUCUCAUUAUUGCAAAAACAAUUGAAAGAUGCAUAAGGUCAGUCUAUAUAACAGAUUUAUACAAACGAUACGUUCUAAUAACAGGAUGCGAUUCGGGUUUUGGAAAGAGUCUUGCUGUUCAUUUAGAUUCUAAAGGAAUUCCAGUAAUAGCCACUUGUUUAACUGAAGAAGGGGAAAAAGAUUUAAAACAUGAGUGUUCAAGUCGAAUACAAACAUUUAUUCUUGACGUAACAAAUGACGAACAGGUUUUAGAACUUCGAAAUAAAUUGGAAACUAAAUUAAAAAAUGGACUUCACGCUCUAGUUAACAAUGCUGGAAUAAGGGGUCCAAGUGUUUCUGGUGAUUUAGAAUGCUAUGAAUCCAAGGACUUUCUGGAAGUUUUACACGUUAAUACAGUAGCUAUGGCAAAUUUAUCUAUACGAUUCUUACCAUUAUUGGAAAAGGCAAAAGGAAGAAUAAUAAAUAUGGGAUCGGCAAUUGGAAGGAUGGCUUCACCUAACUUAUUGCCAUACUGUAUGAGCAAACAUGCAACAGAAGGAUUGACUGACUCCCUAAGAACUACACUUCAACAUCGCAAAAGUAGUGUGAGCGUUCAUUUAAUGGAGCCAGGACUAUAUGUAACGAAUCUACUAUGCCCAAAACUGUUAACAAAGAAGUUGAUAGCAGGUUUCGAUCGUCUUCCAGAAGAAUCUAAAGAGAAAUAUAGAGUAAAAACGUAUUAUACAGACAAAUAUUUGAAAAUUAAUGAUUAUUAUACGUUAAAUGCAUCGAAAGAUCUACAAGAG